CUGGUGUCAACGCAGACAGCAGAGCACCGGGGAGGACACCGAGAGACCGACCGCAUAGACAGGUUCACCGGGUAGCCAUGGCGGCGCCGUUAGCCCACUUCGAUGAGGACUGGCAGGACUUCAACGAAUUCAAGCCGUCCUCGGAGUCGGCCGAACAGCUGGACCAGCUGAACUCAAACGUAGGCGACCCAUCGGGCCUAGACGACUUCUCCGAUCUGGACAACAGUUUCUCCGGGGAGAUCUGUAGCUUCAAGUCGAUGGAGGACCUGGUCCACGACUUCGACGAAAAGCUAACCGUGUGUUUCCGAAACUACAACACUACGACGGAAAACAUUGCUCCCAUAAAACCAAUCACAGAGGAGAAUUACCUGAAAGACGACGAGGUGUGGAACUCUUUGACCAAUAACUAUGGCAACGUGAUGCCCGUGGACUGGAAGACGUCUUACACUCGCUCCCUGCACCUGCCUGCCCUCAAGCUCAAAGAUCAAGAGGGACAGAAGACGGACAAGCAGUCUUUGGAUCAGUCCGACGAUGAGGACGAGGAGCUGCGGGAACAGCUGGAUAUGCACUCAAUCAUUGUCUCCUGCAUUAACGAGGAGCCUCUCUUCACAGCUGAACAGGUGAUAGAGGAGAUCGAAGAGAUGAUGCAGGAGUCUCCAGACCCGGACGAUGACGAGAGUCCUUCCCAGUCCGACUUGUCGAUGCUCUCCCAGGACCUCAGCGCUUUGAAACGAUCCGGCUCCAACACCAGCUUUGAGGAACGGCUUCGUCAGCUGUCUGUGUCGGAGCUCAGCCGGACCCUGGAGGAGGUGGAGUCGGCCAUCCGCCGCUACAGCGAGGAGCUGAUCCAAGCUCUGGCGCUGCGAGACGAGCUGGACUUUGAGAAGGAGGUGAAGAACAGCUUUAUUUCGCUGCUGAUUGACGUGCAGAACAAACAGAAGGAGCACCGCGAGCUGCUGCGCAAGAAGAAGAAGAUCCGGAGUACGACCACGACGGGGCCCAACGGCCAGAGGACCAACAGCACACACAUACCAGGCACGCUCCUCACUCUGGAGGGACUCUCCAAUGUCAUUCAAAAUGGUCUCCGUCAAACUUUUGGCCACUCUGGAGGGGAUAAACAGUAUCUGACCACGGUGAUCCCCUAUGAAAAGAAAGCAGGCUCUCCUUCUGUAGAAGACCUCCAGAUCCUCACAAAGAUCCUUCAUGCCAUGAGGGAUGACAGCGAGAAGGUACCGGCCCUCCUAACAGAUUACAUACUGAAAGCUCUCGUAUGAAAGCGGAGGAACCUGAGGUUCGUGAGGCUAACCCCGCUCAUUGACAUCGAACGCCUCAUCUUCCUCCCUGUCUGCACAACAUUCCCUUUUAACCAGAGCAAUCAGCCUCUCCUCCCCUCUGUCGCUCUCUGCCGUGGUGCCAGUUGUGCUGUAUGGUGCUUUUCUAGUCGUGCUACACCCACUCUGGAGAAACACAGCCCACUCACGCUCAUAAUUUCUCCUCACUCUGCCAGCUUGUAGUAGCAGCUGUUGGUGUGUUUGCGUCUCACCUGUAAUCGGGGGUCAGGGGGGUCCUCACCUCUAACCACACAUUCCUCCCGGCUGUAGCUGCUCUGUCAUACUCCACACACCUCUGCUUCCUCGUGUGCUGCAGCGAUUCUCACCAGCUGUUUAUUUUUAUUUUUCUCCGCAGUUCUUUGUCCCACGUAAAGUCAGACGGGAAGCUUUUGUUUCUUCAACGUCGACCGGCAGAGGAGGGUUUCAGUUUUGGAAAAAAAACGCAUGAACUGAUUUAAAUCCAAACCUUCCUUCCUUUUUUUUUUUUUUUUCCUCUCAGUUUUCCUCGUGGUACUUUCUGCUCUUGCUCUCUCCUUGUAUUCUUUACUUUUGAGACGACUCUUAGUCUUUUGUAGAUGUUUUUAAGUUCUAAUAUUAGCUAGUUUUUUUUAUUCAUUCAGUGCUCCAUUUUUUCAUAUUGUGACUUUACACAGGUGCAUCUCAAUGAUACUAAAGUAAACUUUUUGAUGAUGUAAGUCGAUGCCAAUGAGAAACUCCUUUCAUAUGAAUUCACUACACACAGAAUGAUACAUUUCAGUUGUUUGUUUCUGUUAGUUUUUGAUGAUUAUGGCUUACAGCUUAUGCAAAAACCAAAUUUGCCCUCCAUCUAAUGAGUAAGCCACAAAAUGGCAUCGCUGAAGAAGUUUGCUGUUCAGAGUUUUGUAUCCUAGCGUGUUAAGAGAAGGUUGAGUGGAAGGAAAAAGUGCAGUGGUAAAAAGUAAAAGUGGUACUACCUUAGUGAUAAUCCUCUUAUUUCAGUCUUAAAUAAUAUUUUAAUGUCUUGUGAAAUUCAUUUUGGGGUUUUCAGCAACGAUCAUCCAAACUGGCAUAACUAAACAUUUGAAACAUAUCAACUCAACGUUAAAAAUUCAUAUCCGGUAUUUUUCUUUCUUUUUUUUUUUUCUUAAGCUGAACUGCUGAAAUGAACUUUUCGAUGAUACUCGAAUAUAUUGAGAUGCACCUGUAACUUCUCAUGUGUGGAUGCCAGUAAUCAGUGUUUGCCUGAACACCUCACUUCCUGAUUAGCCAGGUGCUUUUGGAGAAAAACAAACGAUCCUUAAAAGUGUUUUUUUGUUUGUUUUUUUUGUUUUUCUAAACCUCUGAAAUCCAUCGGCAGGCCUCUGCAAGGUAAACGCAGUCCAAACAGCCUGCUUUGAUUAUCAAAUCCACUUUCCCUCAGCUGCCUGACGGGGAAAACAAAUCCUGGUGUGAUCUGUGGAAAACGUGCCAGGCAAGUCGAAGGCAUCAUGCAUCGAUUAUCCUCAUGAAGUUAUUGCACGAUUUUUAAGCUCAGCUCUCUCAAAAUCAAAGAGGGAAGCCCUUUAAUUUGAAACUUUAAAACUGUUUGUUGCAUGUUAGUUUCAGGUACAAGCUGCGCGAAGCUGAAUGUUUGAAAUGAGACACGUUUUCUACAUGACUGAGAGGGACUUGCACAGCUUGAAAAAGGGACAAAAAAUGAUCAAAGUCGUGAAAAAAAAUAUUUUUGGAUAAGAGAUUUUUUUUUAAAAUUAUUAUUAUUAGCAAGAUAAGGGAUUUGAAUGAUUUUUCUAGAUGUUGUGACGUCAACCCCAACAAAUUCACCACUUCUACAUAAGGAUUCAUCAGUCUGCAGAUUCCUCUUGUUUCAUAUGUGCAUUGGUGGGAAAUAAUGUAUUAACUAAGUUGACGUCGGCAUUAGUCGUUGUUCCGUCACGUGAGUUAUCUGUGUUUUAGGACAUUGGCUUUAAGGACAGAGGGGUUGCACUUUAUCAGUGACCUGAUGGUGUAAAGGUGCAGCUCUGCAGAAUGUAGCACAGAGUGGAUCUCGUCAGCAAACGGUGAAAAAUUUGGUCAAAAUGGAAUCAUUUUAAAUUCCUCUGGUUUUUCCAAGAGUUUUUCCAUUUUCACUAAAUGUUUAUUUAGUGAACAACAGUUCCGCUCAUGACAGAAAUGAUUUGAGGAGCUGCUGUGAUUAUAAUUAACGUUACCGGACUAAACAUUUAGAAGAUUCAGUGAGGAAAUUGGAAAUCCUUCACUGAAAGGCUGUGGACUAUAAUAGUCUAAAAAUGUAUGUAACUUGGUUAAAGAUUGUGAAGGUGGGGUAGUUGUGGCUGAUAGUUUUAGUUUUUUUAUGUUUAGUUGAAUGUGAAAGUAUCCUAUGAUAGUUUAAGUGCAUUUUAAUAUCUGUAUAUAAAAUCCCAGAUUUAUUGUCUUUUUUUUUUUUUUUUUUAGAAUUCUAGUUUUACGCUUUUCAUGUCCAGUCAGAAUUUGCAUGCUGCCUGAAAUGUUGACCGUGAAGUGAAUUGGGGUGAAACAUUAAAAACGGCUAAAACGCGAACAAAAUAUUUCACUAGCAGCUGCCUAGUUUUUUUUAUGCCGACUAUGAAGCGAAUAGAGCGAAAUCAAAGCCACGAGUCCUGCAGGGAAUCGCCGGUGUGUGACCACAGAUGGAAGUUGGUACGCAAACAUUCAGGUCAGGUGUUGCUUAGGUCUCAGGUACAGUCGUCGGUGUCGGUACUUUUAACGUUCUUGUUCGGUAGAUAAAACAUUCCCAACUCAGUUUACAUGUCUAGACUUGUCAGAGAGUUUCUAUGAGGACUUGAUUCACGUCACCUGUCUGAUGAUGAUAAUAAUAAUAAAACACGAUCAAAGACGUGUUUAGCGGAAAAACGUCCCAGGAGAAGCUCCUUGUGUAAUGGCUCAGGUGGUGUUGGCGCUGCGUCUGUGUCUGCUUCAGUGUAGCAAUGGUAGAUAUGUCACCAAAGUCGAUCGCACUACAUAUUACUGCCCAUACUUUCUGAAACUCUCAGAAAAUGCUAGGUACUUUCCGCAGCUUUUCAGGAACUUGGUGGGCACAUUCAGGAACUGAGCAGUUACUUUGCCAAAACUUUAAUAGAGCUUGCUGAUUGCCUUCCCGGAUCUUACUGAGUAUUUUCCUUGAAUUUACUGGAUGCUUUCUGGAUCUUGAAAGAUAUUUUCCUGAAGCUUUAUGGGAACUUUCUGGUUACUUCCCAGAAACUUUCUGGUUACUCUCCAGGACCUUGCAUGGAAAUAACUACUAAGCUCUCUGAAAGUUUCAGAAAAGUAAACCUUUAAGUCCCAGGAAGGCUCUGGUAAAUUAUAAGCCACCUCAUAAUAUAGCCCAAUUGUUGAAAGUACCCAGUCAGUUCUGGGAAAGUAACCAACAAAUUCCAUUCUGGAAACAAAUCAUUAAGUUCUGUGGAAAAUAUGGGCUGUAUUGUGGAGCGCUACCGGAUUGGGAGACUCCAAGAAGGAAAAUGCUUCUGUAGGUGGAGUGGGUUUUGGGGAAGAUUACACAUCGAUUUGCAAAAAAGUAAAGAGGUAAUGUUUUUUUUUCUAUUGUUUCAAAACAAUAUAUUUAAAUAUUUGUAUGUGACAUGUUUCUACAGAUGCCAGCUAUUUUCAACCCAGCAUGUGCUGCAUGCACUUUACUGCUGCUGCAGAAAACACAUUUCCAAUGAUUAGUGAUUUGUUUACAGACAUAUUUAAAUAUCACACUAAAAGGGAAAAGUGCGUGUUGCAGCAAUAUCAAGAAAACUGGAAAGGAAACGAGCAUUUAAUAUUUUUAAAAGCUUAAAGGGGUUUUGUAUGUAAUGUCUAUUGAAUCAAAUGCGUUAAUGAAAAAUGUUUGUAAAUCUUAUCAGCAAUGGUUUAAAAAUGAAAUGGCUUUCGGCUCUCGUGUCACUGAAGGAUCUCUGGCCAUUUUAACAAACAUAUCAGUCUAACUCCAGGUUAGAGAUUUAUAUUUAUACAUAAUGAACAAGUAAAAAAAAGAAAAGAAAAAAAAACAAGAGGCUGCCUUUGUUAAAUGCCUGAAAAACUAUUUUGUACAUCUAUUAAACUCAUGUAUCUAAUGCAAUUUAUUUCCCUAGCUAGGGGGGGUUUCAUGUUUACCGUCUCAUGUGGUACUUGCAGUAUAGUAAUUUAUUAUGUGAAUGUUUUGUAACCAUGAUCUCGACUGUAAUGGUGCAAGUGUUUUGUGCCCACAUUAUUGCAUUGCAACACAUUUCAAAUAAAAAGAAAUUAUAUAUUUAAA